GACAGAGCGGCAGAGUUCAGAGUUACCGAUGCAGGAAGGUGUGAACUUCUGUCAAAAGCUAGAGCAAUAUCUCUAUCGGAUAAACUGGACACUUCUAUUUACUUCUGUGAUUCCACCAGUGGACGCAGCAUCCACUUUUCAAUUUGUAAGUCCUAUGUUUUCCUUUUUCUAUACUUUUAUAUGUGAACGUUGAUGUGAAGGGCAGCACCCGUGUGACCCAGACAUGGCUGAGGCGCCCCCACCACAGGUACAGCCUGUCGAUAUUGACCCGGACUUUGAGCCCCUGCCCCGCCCGCGGUCCUGCACCUGGCCCCUGCACCGCCCGGAGCUCGUCGACCCCGCCGGGUCCAACACAUCCUCCCCGGCGCCGUCGGUGCAGCAGGAGCCCGGAGGAAAUGCGGAGUUCAUCAGCAGCCUCGGCUUGUUGGAAGAGAACUAUGAAGAAUACGCAGAGGAUAAAGCACAUUGCCAUGUUUUUCACCACCACCAUCCUCAUCAUCAUCUGCAGCAGCAGCAGCAGCAGCAGCAGCAGCAGCUGCUGCCGGGUCCCCAGCUGCCGCCUCAGCAACAGGUGUCUCCUUCAGGGGUCCCACCCUUGGGCUCCUCCGGUCAGAGGAAGAUCAGCUCGUCCCGUCGCAACGCCUGGGGUAACAUGUCCUACGCUGACCUCAUCACCAAAGCCAUAGACAGUUCACCCGAGAAGAGGCUGACCCUGUCUCAGAUCUACGACUGGAUGGUGAAGAGUGUGCCCUACUUCAAGGAUAAGGGAGACAGCAACAGCUCUGCGGGCUGGAAGAACUCCAUCCGACACAACCUGUCGCUGCACAGCCGCUUCGUGCGCAUACAGAAUGAAGGGACGGGGAAAAGCUCCUGGUGGAUGCUGAAUCCUGAAGGAGGAAAGAACGGAAAGUCGCCUCGACGCCGAGCCGUCUCCAUGGACAACAACAAUAAAUUUAUCAAGAGUAAAGGAAGAGCCACAAAGAAAAAGAUGUCUUUACAGGAAGGCGUGGAGGGGGAAGGAAGCAGCCCAGGCUCCCAGUACUGUAACUGGCUGGGAAGCCCAAACUCCCACAACAGCGAGGACUUUGAAGCCUGGAGCUCUUUCAGAACCCGCACCAGCUCCGACGCCAGCACUCUGAGUGGACGCCGUUCUCCGUUUCCUUCUGAGAAGGAGGAUCUCGUGGAGUCUGACGGACACAUGUUGUUCCCCGCCACAUCUGGGACCAAGAUAACUUCCAGCCUUCCCAGCCUCUCCGAGGUGUCUGGACCCAUGGUCCAACACGGCUCUGAAAGAGUCAUGGAGAGCUUGCUGGAUAACCUCCACCUGCUGUCUCCUAAAGCCCCCCAGCAUGGCUCAGACUCGCCUCGUUCCCCGAACAACGCCGGGCUUCAGAGCGGCUCCUACGGCUCUGCUGGCAUGAGCCAGGACUACAGUAAGUGCAUGUACAGCCAGGUGAGGCUGAACUCUCUGUCGCCCGUUCCCAUGCAGACACUUCCACAGAACAAGCCUGGAUUUGGAGGUUAUGAGAACCAGUACAUCUGUCCAGCCGGACUCCUCAAAGAGCUACUGACCACUGAUGCAGGCUCCAGUAGAGACAUAAUGCCUUCCAGUGACAGAAGGGUGUCUGACACUGGAAGGGUAAGUAGUCUCAUGUCCGCUUACAGCAGUCACAACCAUAUAGCGAGACAUCCUGGUAUUAAAAUAAUUACCCCUCUUCAGAGUCACCCAGGUCUACACGUAAACCCACAAUCUAUACAUAGCCAAGGUCCUGCUCCCUCAAGAGACUUGAAUAGUUGCAACAUGAUACCCUUGGCUAGCCUGACUACUGUCUCAGGGGCUCCCCAACGACUGAACAGGCUGAGGACUUGCAUGCAGCCUCCGCAAGGACAUCUAGCACACACUAAUGACUUUUCAGCGAGCUACACCAACAGCUACAAGGAACUGAACUUGGUUCACCCUCACAGCCAUCAUCAGGAGCGGCUACCCAGCGACCUGGACAACAUGCCCAUAGAGAGGUUGGAAUGUGACCUGGAGUCGGUCCUCCAUGACACCCUCAUGGACGGCGGGGCGCUAGACUUUAAUUUCGACCCUGCAGCUGGAUUUCCCCAAAGAGUGAAGAGCACCUCGCACAGCUGGGUGUCUGGUUAGGAUUCGUAAGUGGAAGAAAAAGAGGAGGAAUUAGUGCCACCUUGGAUGGUAGCAUGCAAGGGGAAUGUGUUAAUAUAGAAAUCGUUCUUCUCUACAUAACAUUAUUAAGAAAAGCAUCCCUCUACUGUAUAAUAUUUAAGACUAAACUGUAUAAUAAGCAUCUUGUUGUAGAGAUUAAAGCUAAUAUGAAAUGAGAUGCUGAACUGUUAGGAAGACAUUGCUGCAUAAGCCAAUAAAUAAGACUUGUGUACAUUUUUUUGUUAAAAUUGAAAACAAAUAUAGUUUUGUUUUUUUACUAUAACAUACAAAAAGUCUGAAGACUUUUCAUUCUGACCACCACAGUGAGGUUUAGAAAAGUUUAGCUGUCAUUUGCCCAUCAAUAGGAACUUGAGGGACUUUAAAGCACAAGAGUUCAAAAUUUAAAGUUACAUAAAAACAUAUUACUAAACUCUUGACAGGCUUUUAUUGACCAAUAGAUGAUGGUGAAAUUUACCUAUAAAUGUUUAGCAGUUAAGGAUCCAGAUGUGUGUAGAGUAUAUUUAAGAAGUUUUAGCACCAUGAAAUUUAGGGGAAAUCACCAGAAUAUCAAAGUAAUAAAAUUUGAAAAUAACAAAACGAAAGAAAUGAAGUUAAACUGGACUUAGGAAGAUGUAACCCAACAUCACUCUGCCCAGACACAAUAUUACAGUGAAAUGUUUCUAAAUCCAUAAUCUCCUCCCUCAAGCUGCUGUCACACUGUUUCUUAUUUUUCCAUGUUUGCUGAUAUUUAGACAUUUGGCUCAAAAUGCGAAAAAAAUGAUGCACGUUUUGCGAAACAUCAAUCAUCACAACCGUGAAGCAUGAACUACUGUUCUGUAUAGUGCAGGCGCAUCGGUAUGAAGGAUGUAAAUAUUAGUCUGCUACUGCAUAAGGACAUAGUAUGUUGCCUUUGCUGAGAUUUCACUCUCUUGUUCUUUUUCUUCAGUGCCUGAUAACGCCCUGACCAUCUAGAGACAAAAGUCUGAUUCACUGUAUGCAGUCCGUAAGUUGUUUCUGAGUGGUCAAAGAAGCAGAAAUACUCAGAAAAAUAAGUCAGAGUCUCCUCUAGUUUGGCAUACCAAAUAGUAAAUCUUCACCAGCGCAGACCGAGCUUCUGCACAUCAUGUCACGUAACGAUUAAGUAACAUUAUUAUUGACUCAUUGCUGCAGAAUAUGCAUUUUACACUAGCAGACGCAAAUAAAGUCAAAGGUUUAGCGUUAUUUAAUCAAAGCUACGUUACGUAAGCCGCUAAAUUUUGAGAACCCCCUGCAGCCAGUCAACCAACCUUCAUGGACGGAAACAAAGCUGGUUGCAAACAUCAGAACACUUUAGUGACGUCUUUAACUUAAAAUGCUUUCAGUGCUCUACAUGAAAAUCAAAAAACAUCUUAUUUUCCAGUGGACAUCAUAAAACAGGAUUUCUGAAAUUAAUCCAGCAUUUGUACAUUUUGAGUGAAGGUAUUUAUUCUUUAUUUCAUAUUUAGAGAUGAUAGAUUCCCCCUUUGUGUUUUACUGGUGUGGAGAUACAUGUGAUUCUGCUGUCUGUGCAAAAGGGUGAAUCGCAUUAGAGGUGCUUUUGUUGUUUUUCAUUUAUAUCAAACCUCUUUCAACAACAUAAUGUAUGUAUUAUAUUUUGAAGAAGUUGCAUAUAUUUCAAUCAUUUGUGAUUGUUUUUUCUCUUAUAUGUAAUUAUGUUUUAUGCAGUAAAUAAUUGUUGUUUUGUCAGUAAUGGUUUUCUUGUUAAUAGGUCAUUUUAGACAAACGGUAAAGGUGAUUUUUUUUGUAAACUUGUUUCGACACGUUUUUUUUUUAGAAAUUUUAAAAAGACUGAAAAGGUGAAAUGUUUGAUUUAUUCUCUCUGAUGCAGUGAGAAAAAUUGUUUAUGAUGUUGAAGGCAGCAUUCAUAGAAUCAGACACGGUCCAACAACGUUCAGUCAACAUCAUUAAGGACAGAUUGUUGAUUAAAUGUUGUGCCAAAUAGUUGCUCAAGUAAACCUGAACGUGAUUGCUUCUCUGUGCCUUCACUGUCUCACAGACAUCGACUCUUCUACGAAUUUGUUUAUAAAUUUUAAGAAACUUUACUUCUAAUUGAACCAGAAUACAGUUAAGGAUGCAUCACACCUGGUUGUUUACAUAUUUCAGUCUAAACUACAGAAAUGCAUAUGUGAACCAUCAUACCUCGAAAUGUUUUACCUCUUAAAUGUCGAAGAGAUUUUCCUGCUGUUUUCCUCAAUAAGUCGGGUUUUUAUUUUGCACUCAUUUUUGACUUAUUGUGUUGCAUAAUUACAUGGUUUUCUGUCUUUUUUUUUCAUUGAUGAGAUUUAAGUUACAUUUCAGUGAGGCGUCAUAUCAAUAUUUAUUCUCCAUAUAGGAUUGUAGCCAUCAACGUUUAAUAGAUAUUAUUAUAUUAACAUUAAGUAUAAUUUGGCUUGAAAUCAAUAGUUCUGUUAAAUAUGAAACCAUUUAACAAAACGUGAGAAAACAGUCAACAGAAUAAGGAAAGAUUUCAUGAUAUUAUAUUUACUUUAUUUGGGCGCAAUUAAUGUAAACAUUUUAUUACAAUCAUCUUCAUUGCAGUUUGUGUUUAUAUCCUUCAGUACUUAAACUUGGUAAACUUGAUAAUAAAUGGAAAAAUCCAA